GCUAUGCAGUGGCAAGCGCCUCCGAACCGUCCACUGUGGUUGGUUCUCUGGUCGCAGCUCGGAGAGCUCGUGCAAGAGCAGCUCUCGCAGUCCGUGCGGGAGCGCGAGCUGGCGGCGGCUCGCAACUGGACGGCGAGCGCGGCCCCGCCGCCUCCGCCGUCCCCGCCGCCGUCGCCUGCCGCGCCCGCGGCCGCGUGGGCGGCUGGGGCGCCCCUGUGGGCGGCGGCCGAGUGCCCCGCCUUGGAGCCAGCGGCGGAGGAGUGCCCCGCGGCCGCGCCCGAGCCCCCAGCAGGCUGGGCCAGCGGGCCGCUGCUGUGGUGGGCGGGGCAGGUGUUCGGCGGCGCCGCGUGGCGCCUGUGGCAGGACGGAUCGGGGAUAGAGGACGACGAGGUCUGGUGGGUUCUCUCUCCCGACGGGGACGUGUGGAAGGAGCGGCUCGACGGAGAAAUUCCUCUCACGGGCCCAAGCGGGGCUCGACCGAUGCCGAACGUGGGCUACCCGUUGCUUGGCGCUCGGCGACUGUACAAGUUCAGGGAGAGACCGAAUCUUGAGCAGAUCAUGGCGCUGAGCAGGGGGUGCCGUGAUGUCGAGACGGCGAGGGGGCAGAAGAUGGAGGAAUGGCCGAAGUACGUUAUCGGGGACGAUGGUCAUCGUACUGAGCUGUCGGCUGUGUUGCGUGCUCCCCGAGGUGAUCUGGCUCAGCUUGUGGACGCCUCUCCAACUGCAGACACGAUCUGGGUGCUGAUGGAGCCAGGCGGCGGACGGGCCAUAGGCGAGGAAGUGCACAUGACGCCGGCGGACGUGAUGACUGGCAGCGACGGGCUGAAGUUCAUGGGAUCGGAGGUGUCCCGAGUGCGUCGAGUGGCUGUCGGUAGUGCACCCGCCUUGGCCAGCGAGCAGAUAGCGCGCCUGCGCCGAGCCAUAGGCGCGUUGGAGCCGCUGGUCGACAGAUCUAUGAAAAAGGGAGUGAAGGACCAGCUCGGGCGGAACACUAGCGAGAACGGGGGCGAGGUUGGCAGUGGAGAGGAGCGCAAAGCGACCAGUAGCGUGGACGACGUGAGGACCCUCAGCGUCGACUUCGACGGGCGCAGCGAGAG